AUGGCAAAGCAGGAGGCUGCCCCGCUGCCGCUCGCCAAACCUACCAACAACCUCUUCCCGCCGCCAGCACCAACAACCACCACCACAAAGGGCCUCGCUGCCAAAACGCCCGUUCGCCCAACACCACGCGACAGGGGCCGCCCCCGCCCGCUCGUUCAGGGAGGACACACCCCCUCCAGGGGGACCCACCGCCCUCGCCGCACCGCGGUCUACCGCUCUGUGGACUCCCCGAGCCUCGCUGCCUCGCCUCAGAGGCCCUCUAAGGAGGCGGCGGAGGGGAGGAAGGAGGGCCCGACCAGGGCCUGCCUGCCUGGACGACAACCAACCCCGCCCGGGGACGGCGGGGAGCCGACCACGCUCGGGAUACCCGUCCGCGGCCGCGAGGGAGCCCGCCCACCGAGGCCUCGCUCGCCGGCCCCGGCGCCGCCCGCCCGCCAGCCAGCCAAACGCCAGCGACCCCCCUUCGUCCCCAUACACUUGUCGCCGCGGCCGUUCCGCCCCCACCACCCCAAACAGGCCGCCCUCUCGCCCGCCCGGACCCAGGCCUUGCCCGCGCUCCCGGACGCCCGGGAGGCCCGGGAGCGCGCAGCCCGGCUGCGGCCCGCAACACAGCAGGGCGAAGCUGCUCGGAGGCAGGGAACGUGCUGCACGGCCGGACCAAGAGGCCAAGAGGCGAGGGCCAGCGUGCGCGGGUGGUCGAAAAAAGGGGCCUUGCCCGCUCGCAAGGCCAACGGCAACGGCGGCAAGCGACCGUCCGCACACGGACUGCCUGCCGUCCUUCCGUCGUCCGUCCGUACAGUCCCCCUCGGCCGCCGAGGGGCAUUCAUCCCCUCGCGCUGGCCCCGCAAAACCAGGACGGCAUGCUGCGGCUGUGCUUGCCUGCUUCCCUCCUCCGCCAACAAAUGCGGCCACAGCCAGCUCGCCCCUUUACCCGCUAAACCACCGCCACGCACGGGGAAAGCGGCGGCGGCGGUGCCCUGCCGGCCUCCACAGACUAAACUGCGGCAACGCCAGCUCCCCCCCUUACCGCGAACCACCGCCACGCCCGGGGAAGGCGGCGGCGGCGGCGGUGCCCUGCCGCCUGCCUCUCACACAUCCACUGCGGCCACAGCCCAGCUGAUCCCCUUGCCGGCAAACCACGCCACCGCCGGGGAAGGGGCGGCGGCGGCGGCG